GCGAGCCCGCGGCAGGUGGGCACGCGGGCCCGCGGCAGACGGGCACGCGAGCCCGCGGUAGACGGGCCCUCGCGCUCCGCCGUCCGGUCGGACGAUCCGGGAGAGCCCGACCGGGACCGGAGACACGCCAUUUUGUGUGCGAGAGGAGCUGCAGGCCGCCCGUCCGCCAUUUGAACGCCUCUCACGCGCGCACACACCAGGACGUGGUGUAAAAUACCGGUUAAUCCUCCGGUAACGGUCCGGUGGGUUCGUGUUUAAUGGCAGCCUCACCGUGAGAACGACGCGGUAAACGGUCGGCCCCGGUAGAGGGACGGUUCAUAUGAACUGUAGAAACGAGACCCGGUCCGGUUCCGGUGAUGCUAUACGCUAGCAUGUCUGGUGUCGGGACCCGCGGUUCAGUCCGACGCAUCGUGCACGCUCCGGUGCGCGUGUCCGCGAUGGCGGAGACGGUGAAGUACGUGGACGACGAACAUAAGAGCAUCUUCCUGAAGCUGCUGAACGAGCAGCGACUGGAGGGUGAACACUGCGACAUUGCUGUGGUGGUCGAAGACGUCAAGUUCCGCGCUCACCGCUGUGUGCUCGCCGCCUGCUCCAACUACUUCAAAAAGCUCUUCAAGAAACACGAGGUGGACAACUCCUCUGUGAUUGAAAUCGACUUCAUUCGCUCUGAUAUCUUUGAGGAGGUGUUGAACUACAUGUACACCGCAAAGAUCUCCGUGAAGAAGAGAGACGUCAACCUCAUGAUGUCAUCAGGACAGAUACUCGGCAUCCGCUUCCUCGACAGGCUCUGCUCUCAGAAACGAGACGUGUCCUCAGAGGACAAAGACAAGUUUCCGUAUGACAUCGUAAAGAUGGCGCUGCCGCCCGAGGCCCAGCUGGCUGCUGAUGCCGAGGUCCUCGGGGAACACAAUGACACGCCCACUACGGAUGACCUCGUUGAGGCGUCAACCAAUCAGGAGCUGGAUAAGUCUCCCAGUGCAGCGCUGCGUGUCCAGGAAGCCAUUCUGAAGGAACUUACCAAUGAGGACGUGCACAAGGUCACCUGCUACAACCAGGAUGCGGUGACGGACAUGGAGACGGAGCCUAAGGAGCUGGGGGCGGAGCACCACGCCGCGGACACGCUUGCUUUUGCAGAAAGUAUGGGGGAGGUGAAGGACGAGCAGCCGCCCGGCUGGUCGACGGCAACCACCGACAUGAAGUUUGAGUACCUGCUGUACGGACACCGAGACCAGCUGGCAUGCCAGGUGUGUGGGAAGACCUUCCUGGACGAGAGCCGGCUCAGGAAACAUGAGAAGCUGCAUUCAGCUGAGCGGCCGUUCGCCUGUGAGAUCUGCACCAAAGCGUUCACCACUCACGCUCACCUGAAAGAGCACCUGAAGAUCCACACGGGCUUCAAACCGUACAGGUGUGACGUUUGUGGGAAAUCGUUCAUUCGAGCUCCGGACCUGAAAAAACACGAGCGAGUUCACAGCAACGAGAGGCCCUUCGCCUGCCAGAUGUGUGAAAAGGCGUUUAAACACAAGUCUCACCUGAAGGAUCAUGAGCGAAGACAUCGAGGAGAGAAACCGUUCGUCUGUCCGUCCUGCACCAAGGCCUUCGCCAAGGCGUCCGAUCUGAAGCGUCAUGAGAACAACAUGCACAGUGAGAGGAAGCAGCUGAACCCCCUGCAGAGCGACACGGAGACUCUGCAGGCUGCCGCCAUGGCUGCUGAGGAGCAGCACCUGGACGCCAUCGGCUGCUCCUCCUGACACCUGGACGCCAUCGGCUGCUCCUCCUGACACCUGGACGCCAUCGGCUGCUCCUCCUGACACCUGGGCACAUGGCCCCUCCUCCUAACACCUGGACACAUGGCCCCUCCUCAACACCUGGACACAUGGCCCCUCCUCAACACCUGGACACAUGGCCCCUCCUCCUAACACCUGGACACAUGGCCCCUCCUCAACACCUGGACACAUGGCCCCUCCUCAACACCUGGACACAUGGCCCCUCCUCCUAACACCUGGACACAUGGCCCCUCCUCCUAACACCUGGACACAUGGCCCCUCCUCCUAACACCUGGACACAUGGCCCGUCCUCCUAACACCUGGAUACAUGGCCCCUCCUCCUAACACCUGGACACAUGGCUCCUCCUCCUAACACAUGGCCCGUCCUCCUAACACCUGGACACAUGGCCCCUCCUCCUAACACCUGGACACAUGGCCCGUCCUCCUAACACCUGGAUACAUGGCCCCUCCUCCUAACACCUGGACACAUGGCCCCUCCGCCUAACACCUGGACACAUGGCCCCUCCUCCUAACACCUGGAUACAUGGCCCCUCCUCCUAACACCUGGAUACAUGGCCCCUCCUCCUAACACCUGGACACAUGGCCCCUCCGCCUAACACCUGGACACAUGGCCCGUCCUCCUAACACCUGGAUACAUGGCCCCUCCUCCUAACACCUGGACACAUGGCCCCUCCGCCUAACACCUGGAUACAUGGCCCCUCCUCCUAACACCUGGAUACAUGGCUCCUCCUCCUAACACCUGGACACAUGGCCCCUCCUCCUAACACCUGGACACAUGGCUCCUCCUCCUAACACCUGGACACAUGGCCCCUCCUCCUAACACCUGGAUACAUGGCUCCUCCUCCUAAUACCUGGACACAUGGCUCCUCCUCUUAACACCUGGACACAUGGACCCUCCUCCUAACACCUGGACACAUGGACCCUCCUCCUAACACCUGGACCCUCCUCCUGACACCUGGACCCUCCUCCUAACACCUGGACACAUGGCCCCUCCUCCUAACACCUGGACACAUGGCCCCUCCUCCUAACACCUGGACACAUGGCCCCUCCUCCUAACACCUGGACACAUGGCCCUUCCUCCUAACACCUGGACACAUGGCCCCUCCUCCUAACACCUGGACACAUGGCCCCUCCUCCUAACACCUGGACACAUGGCCCCUCCUCCUAACACCUGGACACCUGGACCCUCCUCCUAACACCUGGACCCUCCUCCUAACACCUGGACACAUGGACCCUCCUCCUAACACCUGGAGACAUGGCCCCUCCUCCUAACACCUGGAGACAUGGCCCCUCCUCCUAACACCUGGACACAUGGCCCCCUCCUCCUAACACCUGGACACAUGGCCCCUCCUCCUAACACCUGGACACAUGGCCCCUCCUCCUAACACCUGGACACAUGGCCCCUCCUCCUAACACCUGGACACAUGGCCCCUCCUAACACCUGGAUACAUGGCUCCUCCUCUUAACACCUGGACACUGGAAUAUUUUCACUGUAUGUUUAUUGAUCUUUUUUUAACCAGACUCUAAAUGCUGUUUUUUCCUGACGUUCAUCCGAGCGCUCAUGAUAUAAACGUGUUAUUAACGUGUUAUAAACAUGGUUUGUGAUUCUUUGUAAAUGAUCAGUUUUGACUGUACAUAAACUGUUUGUGUUGUUUAUAAAGUUGUUGUUCUGUUCAGUUUCAUGAGCAGAGCUGCUGUGUUUUAACCUUU